AUGGCGACUCACAUGUCAGCAGCUCCGCUGCCAGCAACCACCGGCCGGACCCACGCGCGGGGUCCUCAGGACACCACAUCGACAGAAGAUAUCGCGAACCCUAUGCCGACCGUGAAUCGCAAGAAACAGAAGCGCCGACAGAAACAAGCUGCCCGCUUAGCUGCGGAACACCCCGACACGCUGGCUUCUGGAGAUAUGGACUCGCUCGCUGCGGACGAGCCGCAUUCUGGCCACGAUGACUGCGUGUCCGACCAUUCGGAUCACCAUCAUACAGCCUCUGGGGCUCCUUGUGAAUAUGUCUCGUCGCAUCACCAUCACGACUCGCCCGCGAUACACGGUCCCCAUGAUCCUGGCGCUACCUCGGCCGAGGCCUCGAAAAGGAAGAAAAGCAGGAAAAGUCGCUCUGGGUCCCACAACUUGGGCGAAAGCAGCUCAACGCCAGUGUCAACACCGUCCGCAACCCUCUCCCACCCACCUCCACCUCCCCAAGCCCUACCAUACAUCAGUCGAUUCCCCGGAAAGAUGAAAAACAGCAUCUGGAACCAAUCCUCCUUAGAAGAGCGCGAAAACAUAAGAACUUUCUGGUUUGAGCUCGGCGAGGAAGAACGUCGACAACUUGUUAAAGUGGAAAAAGAUGCUGUGCUGAAAAAGAUGAAAGAGCAACAAAAGCAUUCCUGCAGUUGUACGGUUUGUGGAAGAAAGCGAACCGCAAUCGAGGAAGAGCUUGAGGUCCUUUAUGAUGCUUACUACGAAGAGCUCGAACAAUACGCGAACAAUAACCAAGGCGCAUUUGAAGAGGGGGCUCCAAUAAUUCCUCCACCUCGGCUAUACCACCCACCCCUUCGGUCACCAGGGCAGCAUACGCGCACUCACGGUCAAUAUCAUCCGGCUCGGAGUCGUGUUCAGGAACUGCCUGAAGAUCACGAGGAGGAGCCAGAAGAGGAAUACGAGGAGGAAGAGGAGGAAGAAGAAGAAGAGGAGGAGGAGGACGAAGAUGAUGAAGAGCUUUACAGUGACGAAGACCUGGAGGAUGAUGAAGCUCGGGCAGCCAGGGCUGACUUCUUCGCAUUUGGCAACAGCUUGACUGUCAAAGAUGGCAUACUCACCGUUGCUGACGACCUUCUUAAAAAUGACGGCAAGCAUUUUAUCGAUAUGAUGGAGCAACUGGCAGAGCGGAGAAUGCAAAGAGAAGAAGAUACCCAAUACGGCAUAGCUGCUGCGCAUCAGACAUUCCAUGGGCACAAUCAUGGACCUCUAGAUGAAGACGACUACGACGACGAGGAAGAGGAUGAAGAUUACGAUAGCCAAGAGGAGGAAGAGUUCGAUGAGGAUGAGAUGGUAAAGCGCUACUAUCCAGACUCUUCAAUCAUGGUCACUAAUCAAUACCAGGAUGCCAUGACCGAAGAACAACGUAUGCAGGAGGGACGGCGAAUGUUUCAAAUAUUUGCUGCCCGCAUGUUUGAACAACGAGUUAUGACAGCAUAUCGAGAGAAGGUCGCCGAACAACGCCAGAAGCAGCUGAUUGACGAGCUUCUCCAAGAAGAGACGUUGAAUGAGCAGCGAAAUGCCAAGAAAGCCCGGGAAGCGCAAAAGAAGAAGGACAAGAAGCGUUUGCAAAAGCAGGCUAAGGAAGAGGAAAAAGCUCGUCGGGAUGCCGAGAAGGCUGCUGAAGAGGCUGCUGCCAAGGCUGCCCAAGAGAAGAAAUCCGAGGAACAGCGCUUGAGAAGGGAAGAACAGCGCAAGAAGCGUGAAGCUGAGAGGAAGGCUCAAGAGGAAGAUCGUGCUCGCAAAGAAGCAGAUAAGCAGCGACGACUCAAAGAAGAACGGGAGCGACACGCUGAAGCUGAGCGCAAGCAGCGGGAACAGAGAGAGGAAAAGAAGAAGCGCGAGGAGGCCAAGCGCAAGGAGAAAGAGGACCGCGAGAUCCAGGAAAGGAAGGCCAAGGAGGAACUGGAGCGCAAGACACGGGAAGAGCUGGCACGAAAGGAUCGAGACGCAGCGCGAGAACAGGAAAUUCGGGAUCGUGGUGGCAGGCGCGAACACACCAGAAUGUCGCCUCCUCACACACUGCCCGGCGUCAUUCCGUACUCUUUCCAGUCUCAGCCUCCCCCGGGCUUUGCCCAAUCUCCGCACUAUCCAUUGGCGACACCCGUCGUUCCAAAAGUCUCGACUCCAGCUCGACCUCGCCAACACUCUCACCAUGGCUCUUCUACAUCUUCCCCUCAUUCGCAACCUAAUAGCGCCGACUCCUCUCACCAUCCCUCAAUCUCCCCCCGUUCCAUGGGCCAAGCGCAAUCCGGGGGUGCGUUCGGUGCCAGACAAGGCUACCAACAACCUCCAUUGCAUCACCCUCAACCUUCCGCCCCUCUUUCGCCUCUAGGACGAUCCAACCCUCCAGGAUUCCCGGGCCUCGGUGGCCUCCCAUUCAACCCUCCCGGGAUACCCGGAAUGGCUCCACGAUCAACUCUCCCUCCCGAAUCAAUGUAUUCGUCAAAUGGGGCAAUGAUGAAUCCUUUGCGGUCAUUCAACGGCAGCGGUGGAAUCGCAGCUCCGCCUGGGAUGAACGGUGUCCGCCCUGUUCCACCAGGUCGUGCAUUCCCGUCUGAUCCCGGGCAUGGCCUGUCUUUUGCCAGUAGUCACGGUGUGCCCGGUGCAUUCCCACUGCAGCAACCCGGUCUGUCCAAGACACACUCCAGACAGGCUUCUACUUCGUUCGACCGCUCUCCGUUGGACUCGGGCAGUCAGCCAUUCCCGAUCACAAGACCAAGCCCCAUCAAGCGCCCAUCCAGCUCAGCACAUGACCAGCGAGACCACGAAAACCCUUCGAUGCAACGGGAGGUUGAUGGCCUGAGUGCGCAUCUGGGUAGCAGUGCUCUCCUUGAUGAUACCGAGGUCGCCUAUCCACCAAACUUGUCCCAGUCGUUGCCUGGUGCCCCUGCCCCUGGUUUGUUCCCCGGACCGACAAGAGCUAGCUUCCAGGGUGUCUCGUUGUUCGCAGAGCCUCUAGGAUCGCCGCAGGCCAACUUUACCGUCGGUUCUCCCAUGGGUAGCAGCACAUGGGGCGCGCCCUCUCCUUUCGGGGGAUCCGCGUUCCCGGGGGCUUCUUCUACCUGGGGCCCUGCCACGGCUGGGACUGGCGGCUGGCCUCCCAGUAAUGCAUUCGCGGCCAGCGCUUCUCACCGGCCACACACUUCCCGGCCCGUCACCAUUCGUUUGUUGGCUAUCCAAGCCUGCAAGCAUCUGAAUUCCACGAUGAGUCCCCACAAGGCUGGUGGCUAUCAUCAUGUGAACCUUGUGCUUGAGCAGGUGGAUCAGCUACGCAAUCCGAAGGAACCAUCUAUCUCCUUGGGAGAGCUGCUCGACAUCUGUGACACGGAGGGCAACGCGCAGAAUGGUGGUGGCUCUUUCUCAAUCAAGGAAGGCCCUGGUGGCCAGUCCGUGCGAUUUGACCCCGAUCCCAAUAGCGCAGUCCCGGGCCACAGAGGCAGCAUUGUUCCCGGUGAUAUUGGAAGUCCUGUCCCUUCGAACAGCCACCCCGCCCCCUUUGCUGGGUUCGGUGGCCAAUCUGGCUUGCGAAAGUAUUCAUCUCCUCCAACUGGCCUAUUUGGUGGGGCUCCCUUGUCUUGA